AUGUCUCAAUUUUUGAUAAUUUCGGUUCCCGCUGAGGGAAAUCCUGAUAAUGCUUAUUCCAGGCUAGUUAGCCAACUUUCCAAGUAUUCUGGAAUACUAGCUGCUGGCCCACAAUCAAUGACCAGAUUUUCCAUUCCUGUUUUGAAGGUUGGAACCUUGGACGUUUUAGUUGGCCUGUCUGAGGAAUUAGCCAAAUUGGAUUCCUUUGCCGAAAGUAUCACUCGAAAAUUGGUGCAGUACAUGGGCGAGGUUCUGGAGGAACAACGUCACAAGUUGGAGGACAAUCUGAACGUUGGUGGAGUGCCGCCCAAUGUCUACGUGACGAAGUUUCAGUGGGAUUGCGCCAAAUACCCCACGAAACAGACCCUACGAGCGCUGCACGACAUUAUGUCAGAACAAGUUACUAGAAUCGAGACGGACCUCCGCAACAAGUCAUCAGCAUACAAUAGCAUCAAAGGUUCACUGCAGUCCAUAGAACGCAAACAGACUGGCAGUUUGUUGACGAGGAAUCUGGCUGACAUUGUAAAGAAGCAGCAAUUCAUACUGGGCUCUGAGUACCUCACCACAAUGGUGGUCGUGGUGCCUAAACCACUAUAUGGCGAAUGGAAGUCCAGCUAUGAAACCCUAUCGGACAUGGUUGUUCCGCGAUCCUCUGAACUCAUUUAUGAAGAUCAGGAAAACGGUCUGUGGACUGUUACGCUCUUCCAGAGGAUGGUCAAUGACUUCAGUGUGAGGGCUCGAGAAAAGAAGUUCCUUCCGCGAGACUUUGUAUAUGACGAGAAGAAGAUUGAGGAGAGCAAGCACGCCGUGACGAAAUUGGAGUCUGACAAAAAGCGACAGUUUGUGAGUGUGCUAAGAAUGGAUUAUGAAUAUUUUGCUUUUACGUCUCCUUUUGGAUAUCUAUGUUUUAAUGUUAACACUCAUUGGUAG